UUGACAGGAAGUGCAAAAUAUCAUUAUUAUUUUCAGGCUGAAAAACCGAAGGAUUGCAGUGCGAAAGAGGCUGAAAAACGACAAGCUGAGGAACAAAAAUUGAUUGAUUCGGCAAAACCAUUGACAGAAAAGGAAGAAGAGGAAAAACAAGAAUUGUUGAAACAAGGAGCAACUGAUUGGACUAAAAGAGAGUUUCAAUUAUUCCUUCGUGCGAAUGAAAAAUAUGGAAGAGAGGAUUUGGAAAAUAUUGCGAAAGAAAUGGAAAAACCACUGGAAGAAGUCAAAGAUUAUUGUGAUAUUUUCUGGACAAGAUUUGAAGAAUUGCAAGAUGCUGAAAAGAUUUUGAGUAAUAUUGAAAAAGGAGAAUUGAGAAUUCAAAGAAGACAAGCUGUGAAAAGAGCAUUAGAUGCGAAAGUUGCUAAAUAUAAAUCGCCUUUCCAACAAUUGCGAAUUGCAUAUGGUGCGAAUAAAGGAAAAACGUAUACGGAGGAUGAAGAUCGAUUUUUGGUUUGUGAAAUUCAUCGAUUAGGAUUUGAUAAAGAAUCGGUUUAUGAAGAAGUUCGACAAUCUGUGAGAAAUGCGCCACAAUUCAGAUUUGAUUGGUUUUUGAAGAGUCGCACAGCUGUGGUUAGUUUUUUACUGGUUUUUGGGGACAAUUUUCUUUUUUUUUUCUCAAAUUUUACUGAAAAUGUGACGUGAUAAAGUAAUUUUUCCAAAAUAUCAAAAAUUAAUUUUUUUUUAAAAUUAAAGUUGAAAGAACAACUCAUUUUAUUGAAUAUAAACUUCUUAAAAUUUUACCAAUUUUUAAAACAUUUAACGGUUUUUUUCGUCCCAGGUUCAAUUUCAUGAAGUAUUUUAUUUCCACAUUUCAAAGUUUGUUUGUUUAUUCAUAUUAAAAAAUCAUAUUUAUUUUAGGAAUUACAACGUCGUGCUAAUACACUAAUUACACUAAUCGAACGAGAAAUGGGUGAAGUCAUUGAACCUGUCGAUAAAAAACGAGCCGCUCCCGCCGCUGAGCAGAAACCAAUCAAAGGAGCAUCAGCACCAGCUGCCAAGAAAACCAAAUCCAAGUAA